AAAAAAAAGUGUGAAUUCUAUUGAAUUGAUUUAAUUAUCUUCAAAUUCCGGGAGAAUAUUUUUUGUUUGUUUCAUUUUCGACAAACGAAUUUAGUUUUGUGUCCGAUAUUUACACGAAGUUUUUGUCAUCGCAUUUUAAAUCAGUACGAAAAGUCAGCAAAAUGUCCAAUUAUAAAAUAUCGUCACGAGCCUAUUCCAAAAUGGUUUUGCAUGCAGCGAAAUAUCCACAUUGUGCGGUGAAUGGAUUGUUACUGGCCAGUGCUAAGGAUUCAUCAAAUAAUAUCGAGAUUGUUGAUGUGAUGCCACUAUUUCAUCAGAACUUACACUUGAGCCCGAUGGCCGAAAUUGCAUUGGUUCAAACCGAGGCUCUGGCCUCUGCAAAUGACUUACAAAUCGCUGGAUACUAUGCAGCCUGUGAGCUGUUCCAUGAUAAUACAAUCGAAAAAGCACCGAGCGUGAAAAUCGCCGAUAAAAUCGCAGAAAAUAAUCCAAAUGCCGCAUUCAUCAUUAUUAACAACACAAUUUUGGAGGGUAAGGGCAAUGGUGCCGCUUUGAAUAUCUACCAAAACAAAGAAAGCCACUGGGUACCAACAUCGUUCACACUAAACCAAAUCGAUGAAACACUCGAUGCAGUCGAGCUACUCAUUCAACGCGGUGCAAUGAAGGAUCUGUACGAUUUUGAUAAUCAUUUGGACAACGUUAAAUUGGACUGGGCUAACGUUCACCUGAAUCGCGAUUUACAACAACUUCUCGCCAUGUAUUAACGCCUUGGAAGUAUUUUUUUCAAAUUAACACUAACAAUAGAUAAUACUUUGCAUUCAAUUGGUAUCGGCAUCUGUUAUAUGAAAAACAAACGAAAAUUCCAUAAUAAAAUUUAAUAGCAUUUGAAAUAAA